UGCAUAUAAAACCAAAAUAUUAAAUGAGAGAGAGUCCUAUCCACUCUCCGUACAUACGGCUCUGUGAUUGGCUGGGUCCUUGCGAUGCAUACACAAUAGCCAGUGUAGAAGCAGCGGUGUUGAGUUCCUCCGGCCAACUAACUCCUCAUGCGCGUGUACUCGUGCUUCCUCGCCGUGGUGAUGACCUCGUUCACGAUGGCCCAAGACACAGACCCCAUCUGCCUUGGAUUUAGGGCGCCGUACGAUGCGGCGGUGGCAAAGUGCGAAGCGGCACUUCGUGUCCGCCCAGGACCUCCCAUCGGGUUGACAUCUCAGCUUGAAUUCUGCAGAGUUCCGGAAUGCAAGGCCGCGAUCGAUGCGUCCCUCCAGUGGAAGGCGCAGGCUGCUGCCGUGAGCACAUGCAAACCCCUCGGCGUUCAAGUGUGGCCGGGUCUGUGGUGUGCGGCCGAAUGCAUCAAAGCUGUCCCGCUCUACUCGAACGCGUCCUUGACAUAUUGCAACCAGAGCGCGGUGGCGCAACAAGAAAGCUACUGCCAUGCAUGCGAAGCCAUGUUUCCUCUGCACAAGUCCAUGAACGAAAUGUGCGCGUUCAACAGCGCCACGCCCACGUCGUACAUUUCCGCCAACUUGAACAACUUUGCCGCUGCCAUGACGUUUUGCCGCACAACGUUCAAGAACAUCGUGUUCAACUACCCCACAGACCCAAACGUCAUCCUCGCGUCGACGUCCACGACGACCUACAUUGGGAUCGGCGCAGGAGUGUUGGUCCUCGUCCUGAUUGUGGUCGGCGUUGUGAUUUAUCGGCGACGGCAGCAAGCGGGGAAAUCGACACCGGCCACGAGUGGCAGUGGCGGGUACUACUCGAACAACGGCACGCCUACCCACGGCAGCGGCACGUACAAGGGCACCACGACCCACGGCGGGUCCGUGGCCAACGACAUUCGCUUCGAUCCGGACCUGGCGCGCUUCCGCAUUCCCCAAGAACACAUCCAGAACGUCACGCUUCUGGUCAAGGGCGGGUACGGCGUCGUGUUCCGCGCGACAUGCCACGGCGAGGACGUCGCGAUGAAGCAGCUGUUGCCGUCCAAGGCCAAGGAUCAACAUGCGAUCCAAGAGUUUAUGAACGAGAUUCGGCUGUGUGCGCGCCUAGAACACCCCAAGAUCGUCAGGUUUGUGGGGAUUUCGUGGUCGACACUGCACGAUUUGGCCGUGCUGAGUGAAUUCAUGGCCAACGGCGACGUGACCGACCUGCUCAAGGCCGAACGCAAGCGGUCGCCCAAAGACCGCGUGUUCUUAUGGGACCCCCGCCACAACAACUUUGGCACGUCCAAGACGGCGGUGGCCGCCGAUGUCGCCGACGCCUUGUGCUUCCUGCAUUCGUUCAUGCCGACGAUCAUCCAUCGUGAUUUAAAGUCGAAGAACGUGCUGAUGGGCGCCAACUGGGACGCCAAGCUGAGCGACUUUGGGAUUUCCCGCGUCGCAAGCCACGACAACACCAUGACGAGCAACAUCGGCACGGUCGCGUGGAUCGCGCCUGAAGUCCUCACGGGAGGACACUACUCGGAGAAGGCAGACAUAUAUAGUUUUGGCGUGUUCCUCAGCGAACUCGACACGCUAGAGUCCCCGUACGCCGAAAUGACUGAGAAGAACGCCGGCGGGUUCUCCAAUGCACGCAUCGCCAUGAUGGUCAGUGAAGGUGCGCUGCAGCCUACAUUCACAGACGUCGUGCCAAGCCCCAUCUUGGACCUCGCUCAAAAGUGUCUCUCCUUCCGUGACGUCAAUCGACCCACGGCCCGGGACGUCGCCGCCACCCUGCGCGCGCUUUGUAAAGUGUAAAGAAAUCGAAGCCUCACUUGAAGUCAUACUAGUAUAUGAUUCUUGUGAGACAAAUCCAACCAGCUGGUUUGGCACCCAUGAUUCUGAUUGGUUCAAAAGUACUAUUGUCGAUUUCAUACAAAUUUCGGGAGGGGGUGCA